AUGGCAGAUCCUCAAUCCUAUGUUCUGAAUAACGGUGAACCAAUUCCAGCAAUCGGUUUUGGCACCUGGGAUCCGGAUAACCCCGAAGGCGCAUAUGCUGCAACGAAGUAUGCCUUGGAGGCUGGUUAUCGCCAUCUCGACUGCGCUUCGCUCUACAACAACGAAGAGCUCGUAGGACGCGCCAUUUUCGAGUUCUUGCACUCCAAUCCAGAUAGAGUACGACGAAGUGACCUCUUCAUCACUACGAAGGUAUGGAAUCACCUUCAUAGCCCCGAAGAUGUGCAAUGGAGCUUAGGCGAGUCACUUCGAAAACUGGGACUCGACUACGUCGACCUGUAUCUUCUUCACUAUCCUGUUGCUACGGAGAAAGAUGGACAGUACCAACAGAAAAAAGACAAGCAUGGCAAGUACGUUGUGAACAGGAUGUUGACAGAACACCCGGAGCCAACCUGGCGAGCGAUGGAAGCUCUUGUACAGCAAGGAAAGACAAAGGCUAUCGGGGUGUCCAACUGGUCGAUCAAUCGUCUCGAGCAACUUUUGACCUCUGCAGAAAUCAGGCCUGCCGUCAACCAAAUCGAGAUUCACCCUUUCUUUCCCAACAGGAAUCUUGUUACCUACUGCCAUAACCAUGGCGUCUUGCCCCAGGCAUAUUCACCCCUCGGAUCCCAAGUGAGAGCUUCAAGACCAUGUGGGCUUGUACUCGAAAAUGAAGAACUAAAAAGAAUUGCGGAGACCAGUGGGCAUAAACUCAGCCAGCUGCUGCUUGCGUGGGGAUUGAAACGCGGAUAUGUUGUUCUACCCAAGUCAUUCACACCAAAAAGAAUCGCGGACAACUUUCAAAUCCCUACAUUGACGGAGGAGGCAUUCAACGCAGUUCAAAAAAUUGCGACGAGGAAUUGUACUCGGUUGGUGGAUAUCAGUGGCGAGUAUGACUAUGAGAAUUUCUGGGAUGAUGCGCGCGAUUUCUGA